AUGUGUCACAAGAAAACAACCAUCUUCGCAUGCAACUGCGUGCUGAGGAACCACCGGCUUUGCCCUCAUUCCCAAAACCUCGUCACCGUCAUCCCCGACAACACCAUGCAGGGCAACUCCCAGAGCAACCCGCAGGACAGCAUACCCGUCUCCGACCACAUCAACCAGCCUGACAACGCCAAUACCGCUAGCGAAGGCGAUACCAACAAGGACGACGCCAACACUGUCACCGCCAGCCAGAACAGCAGCGCCGCUCCGACAAUCACCCUCGAAGUCUCUACCCCGCCUCCCUCCCCCGACGGUACCGCCACCCCCCUCAACGCCGGAGCCUCCCCCUUCGCUCCCACUUCCUCCCCUUUCGCCCCGAUGUCCUCCCCCCUCGCUCCGACUUCCUCUGCCGGCGCCACCACCGGCUCCUCCGCCAUGCGCUCCCCCCUGAGCGUAGACACUCCAUCAGCCUCGAUCCACCCCAACAGCCCCUCGUUCUUCUUCACUCCGACCCCCGCCCAGUCCGCCACCGGCCUCUCCUCCGCAGACCACCCCUCCUUCGGCACAAUCUUCACCCGCAUCCCCCCAACCUCCAACCUCAGCCUCCCCUUCUUCAGCCACUCCGCCAGUGCCUCAGCGGGCUCCAACAAUACCAUCGACGGCUACCCCUUCCCCGCUCUCACCAACGGGACUUUAACCCCCUCGGCCUGGAUAUUCACCCACCUCUCCUACGCCAGGCAACAAGAACUCAACCCCAACCCUCAGGAUUUGAUCAAGUCCACCCUGGCCGAGACUCGCUCCCCCGCGAUCCGCAACCCCUUGCCAUCGGGCUUCUACCCCCGGCAUUUCGAGUCCGCCCAGCGCCACAUCCACUGGAACGACUACAAGACCGAAUGGAUCGACUGUGCAGCGUUUUUCUGCACGCACUUUAUGCAUCUGCCGAACAUGACUGCCCAAGAAAAGGAGCAGGAACACAGCGAUUGUCCGGAAUAUUUCGGGGAUGCAGAUAAGGUGGUUUUGCAGCUGGGACUGUGCAAGGAAUGCGAGGGGUUUCAUUAUGAGGCGGCUUCGAGGGGAGAGGGUGGGAGUACUACUGGUCAGGGUCAGGGUCAGACUCACAGUCAGAACCACAACCAGCAGCCGGAAAUGCAUAGGAUGCUGCCGCGUGAUCGUGUGAGGAUGGUUCAGGGCCAGACUCACCAGACUCAUAACCAGCCUGAAAUGCACGUGGGUGGACAGCACGACCAUAAGAAUGAUGGGCAUAUAGUCGAGGCCCGCUUUAGCGUCGUCGACAGGUUGUGGCCGCGUGGUCGUGUUAGCAUGGGUCACGGUCAAACUCACCAGUCUCACAACCAGCCACCGGAAAUGCUCUUGGGUGAACAGCAACAGCAACAGCACGAGGAGGAUGAUAAUGAUGAUCGUGAUAUCAUCGACAGGGUGUUGAGUUUCGGGGAGGAUGAGGAUGAGGACUAUAUGACGCCCCAGCAGUCCCGCAGUAUGGUCGACAGAGUUUUUGGUCACACUCACACUCACAACCAGCCGGAGAUGCUGAUGUGCGGACAGCAACAGCCCGAGCACCAGCCUGAGGAUGAUGAGACGGCGCUAACGGUCGAGGGCCGCUACAGCGUCGUCGAAAGGUUGCGGCGUGCAGGUGUUCUUAAUUUUUAG